AUGGGCGACUCAGUCUGGAAAUUCGGAGAGGAAGUGGGCAUGACAACGUUGAGUACGAUGUCUAAGUACAUCUUCCGACGGCAGGGUGGUGAAUCCUACAAAGAGCGCAUGUACCCCAAUCUAACCUUGGCAGAUGUCGGGGUCAGGGAGGGUGACACGGUCGAGUUUGCUGGUGAUUUCGAUCCUGUCGAAGUGGGCAUGCCAACGUUGACGACCUCCAUCCGAUCCCAGGGUGGAUACGUCUUCCGGCGGCAGGGUGGUGAAGCCUACAGGGAGCGCCUGUACCCACAUCUGACCUUGGCAGAUGUCGGAGUGAGAGAGGGUGACACUGUCGAGUUUACUGAUGUGCUGCUCAUGAUGACACUGAGCGACAUCGCGGCUCCUGCCCAGAAGAUUAUCCAGGCGGAUGCCGGUGAAGGUGACCAUCCGGGCCAGGGCCCCCGAGAGCUCCUUGGCUCCGUUGGCUUUGGACUCUCUUCCUCCGAGGCCGAGCUGCAAGAUGCAGAGGCGGGACCUGAGGUGCAGAAGUCCUUCAAGUCCCUGCCACCGGAGCCAGUGGUGGUGCAGACUGUCGCGCCUGCCACCUGGGGCUCCGAUAGAGGCAUCCAGGGCGGACAGCAGAUCGUGGCCAUCAACGGACUUGACGUCGCCACCAUGAGGCAGCAGGAGUUCCGGGCAGCCCUCGAAGCACGGCCGCUGACUCUCAGGUUCCGAAUCUCGGACGAUCCUGAGGAGGAGCCUCUACAAGCCGCAGUGGCAAGCUCGGACGUCGACAAACUUGGAAUGUCCUUCCAAAGCCUCCCUCCGGAGCCAGUGAUCGUCAACAAGGUCGCUACGGGCGGCUGGGCAGAGUCGGUCGGCUUCCUGGGAGGAGAGGAGAUCAUCGUGGUGAACGGGGAAUCGACCAUCGCCAUGUCCAGCGAGGACUUUAAGGCGGCGCUUCGCGUAAGACCCCUCGUGCUAAGGUUUCAGCAGCCUGCAGAAGAGGAGGACGAGCAGGAUGACCUCGUCCAGGAAGUUGAGGUUGGCCCGGAGGUGUCAAAAAUCGGAUUGUCCUUCCACAACCUGCCUCCCGAGCCCGUCGUCGUCAACAAGGUGGCUGCUGGCACCUGGGCUGAGUCCGUGGGCUUCAUCGGAGGUGAAGAGAUCCUGGCCCUCAACGACGAGGACGUGGCCUCCAUGACAA